GAUUGAACGGUGAAUGCAAAGUCGUCACUCAUUGCAGCUCUUCUUUCAGAGGUUUUCUGAAUUGGAAAUUUGGAAUUCACACUCUCGUUAUCCUGCAGCGAAGUUGAACAAACCUGCUAAUUGUAAGCUUUGAGUAGAUCUAUGGAUUUUGACAGUCCAGAUACAAAUGUCAUAAGUACUCCCAGGAAUACAAUAGAUGGACUUCACUUCUAUCCAGUGUCUCCUGGUGGCUCAGGUGAAGGCAUGCCUUAUGCCCCUGAAGAUUGGCCUAACCCAGGUGAUAAUUGGCGUUGGAUGGUCGGAAAACGAGUUAAAGGUUCAUGCUACAAUAAGGAUAGAUACCUGUAUCUACCAAGACGUCUCGUGAAAGCUGGACAACCAAAGUGUUUUCGGAGCAAAUUUUCAGUUGAGCAAUAUAUCCAGUCAGCAUUUCCUGGCACAGAUGUGAAUGCUUUCUUUGCAUCAUUCAGGUGGAAUAUUCCCUUGAAAUGGUUCAAUUCAAAAGAAGCUGAACUUUUGGAGGCUGACUCUCGUUUAUCACGCACUUGUAAGGCUGGCAACAACAUGUGUAGCAGUUUAUCAGGAGUAUCUGAUCCUCCUCCGUCAGAAGCCAUGUUUUGUGAUAUUUGCUGCAGUGAACCUGGUUUUUGCCGAAGUUGUUGCUGUAUUCUUUGUUCUAAGACUAUCAGUUCAGCAUUUGGUAGCGAUAGUUACAUUAGAUGUAAAGCGAUAUUGCCUGAUGGGUGCAUUUGUGGGCACGUUGCUCACAUAGACUGUGCUCUUCAGGCGCAUAUGGUUGGAACAGUAGGAACAAGCUAUGAUUUGGAUGCAGAGUAUUAUUGUCGCCGCUGUGAUUCAAGGACAGAUCUCGUUUCACAUGUUAUGGAACUUCUACAGAUUUGCCAAUCUAUUGAUUCUCGAGAUGAGAUUGAGAAGACUUUGGAUUCUGCAAUUAGUAUCUUGCACGGCUCAAGAAAAAUGAAAGCAAGGCAGCUAUUACAUCAUAUUGAAUCAGUGAUGGCAAAGCUUAAGAAUGGAGCUAACUUUGAAGAUAUGUGGAAAAAGGAAGAGUCAGGGUUAGAAGUAUUAACUGCACAACCAAAUGUGACAAAGAAAAAGAGAACAACUCAUGGCAAGCCUAGGAAAGACGAUGCGAUGUGGAAGAGACAAAGAAUGACUGCUCAACCAAAGGUGACAAAGAAAAGGAGAACAACCCAUGGCAAGCCUAGGAAAGACAUUGCGAAGGGGAAGAGACAAAGAAUGACUGCAGAACCAAAUGCGCCUGAUGCUGAUAAUGACUUCACGAUAAGCCCUUCAUUGUUUCUGCACAGGAUACAGAGUGGAAAAAUAGUAACUGCUGGGAUAGUGAAUAUUUGUGCUGCAUUUGAUGAGAUGACCAUAGACGGUAGAUCUCAAACUGUUGUUGAUCAUGAAGCUACACUGCACACAAAAGCUGUGGACAUUAGAUGUAUUGAAACACAGUUGCAGGUAGAUGAGCAGAUGGCUCGAAAGUUGAAUAAUGAAGAAGUCCAACAUGACAAACAAAUGUCAUUCUCUUCAGACAGCAUGUUCAGAAAUGAUGAAGAAACUGUUGUAGUUCAUGAGAAUUCAGUUUUAUCUGAAGAAUUGAAGAGAGUGAUGAUUUGGAGGAGUUGGAGAGUAAUGCCUAUUGCCAGACUGGUGAAAUAUUUAUACAUGAUGGAAAAUGAAGAAUAUUUUGCUCUCAGAUGGCUGAAUACUAAUGACAUCGGACAAGCCUUGAGACUGAAUUACAUCAAUAAAGUUUACAUGGAAAAGUUGAGUGAACUAAAGAAAGCUGAGAAAUGCAGGGUGGAUGGCAUGAAGGAAGAGAGAAGAAAGUUGAAAGGAAUCUUCAACGACAGCAAUAAGGCUAAAGUAUGAAUGUCCAAGAUGAUUCAACCAUGGCAUACUUCCAGGGAACAAGAUAGAUGAAGCUUUUAAGAACUAUCAGAAGGGAAUUCUCAAUGAAUCUUUUUGCCAGACUACUUGUUGGUCAACCCUCUGAUAUGAUAAAAAAAAGUAGAAGGACUAAGGGGGAACCACACUAAUCUGUUUUUACAACUCUUUUGGCUUAAGACUUGACUGUAAUUUGUUCUGUAAUAUUUUGUAGCUAAAUGUAUCAAACUCUGUUGUGAAUAGUUUUUGAAUGCUUAAUGAAAAUCUGUUUUCU